GGUGGGGUGGGGUGGGGUGAGCCAGACCUGCCCCCUAGACCUACUUUCGGCCUCCAGCCUGGAGAGCUCCUCCCAGGGUCCCAGUCAGUGGGAGGGAGGAAGGAGCCGGGCCUGGGAGCCAGGGCCCCGGAGGUGGUGAAACCCUGACCUGGCUUCCCCUGCCUCCUCCCCUGGCAGGGUGGCAGCCCCGGCUCUUUUCGUAAUCCUGUGGCUUUGCUGUCUUCACCCACAGCAGCGGCCCCAGUGAAGGGGAAGGGCAGAGCCAGCCACCAUGGCGACGCUCUUCUCCCACCCCCAGCGGCGCCCUCCCUUCUUGCGCCAGGCCAUCAAGAUAAGGCGCCGCAGGGUCAGAGAUCUGCAGGAUCCUCCGCCCCAAACUGCUCAGGAGAUCGAGCCUCCACCCCCCCAUCUCUCCCCGGAGGAGCGGACCCUGCUCUAUGAGGAAGCUCUCUACACUGUCCUGCACCGCUUGGGCCAACCUGAGCCCAGCCACGUGAUGGAGGCCUCCGAGCUGCUAAGAUACUUGCAGGAGGCCUUCCACAUGGAGCCUGAGGAGCACCAGCAGAUACUGCAGCGGGCCCAGGAGCUUGAGAAGCCAACAUUUUGUCUGAAGGCAACAGUGAAACAAGCCAAGGGCAUUCUGGGCAAGGAUGUCAGCGGGUUCAGCGAUCCCUACUGCCUGCUGGGCAUCGAGCAGGGGGUGGGCAUGCUGGGGAGCAGCCCCGGGUCCCGGCGUCGGCAGAAGGCUGUGGUGAAGCACACCAUCCCAGAGGAGCAGACCCACCGCACACAGGUCGUCACCCAGACACUCAACCCCGUCUGGGACGAGACCUUCAUCCUGGAGUUUGAGGAUAUAAACAACUCAAGAUUUCAUCUGGACAUGUGGGACCUGGACACUGUGGAGUCUGUCAGACAGAAGCUGGGGGACCUCACAGACCUGCAUGGGCUGCGAAGGAUCUUUAAGGAGGCCCGGAAGGACAAAGGCCAGGACGACUUUUUGGGGAAUGUGGUUCUGAGGCUGCAGGACCUCCGCUGCCGGGAGGAUCAGUGGUACCCUCUGGAGCCUUGCACCGAGACCUACCCGGACCGUGGUCAGUGCCACCUCCAAUUCCAGCUCAUUCACAAGCGGAGGGCCACGGUGGCUAGUCGCUCCCAGCCCAGCUACACGGUGCACCUCCACCUCCUGCAGCAGCUGGUCUCCCAUGAGGUCACCCGGCACCAGGAGGGCAGUACCUCCUGGGAUGGGUCACUGAGUCGCCAGGCUGCCACCAUCCUCUUUCUCCAUGCCACACAAAAGGACCUGUCCGACUUCCACCAGUCCCUGGCGCAGUGGCUGGCCUACAGCCGCCUCUACCAGAGCCUGGAGUUCCCCAGCAGCUGCCUUCUGCACCCCAUCACCAGCAUCGAGUACCAGUGGAUCCGGGGCCGGCUCAAGGCAGAGCAGAACGAGGAGCUGGCCAACUCAUUCAGCUCCCUGCUGGCCUACGGCCUCUCCCUCCUCCGGAGGUUCCGGUCUGUCUUCCCCUUGUCCGUGUCCGACUCCCCAGCCCGGCUGCAGUCUCUCCUCAGGGUCCUGGUACAGAUGUGCAAGAUGAAGGCCUUCGGGGAACUGUGCCCUGACAGCGCCCCCCUGCCUCACCUGGUGACUGAGGCACUGCGGACGGGCACUGCGGAGUGGUUCCACCUGAAGCAGCAGCAUCAUCAACCCAUGGUGCAGGGCAUUCUGGAGGCGGGCAAGGCCUUGCUGAGCCUGGUACAGGACAUCAUUGGCGACCUGCACCAGUGCCAGCACACAUGGAACAAGAUCUUCUACAAUGCCCUCAAGAUCGACCUGUUCUCUGCUGCUUUCCUGGAGCUGCAGUGGCUGGUGGCCAAGCGCGUGCAGGACCACACCGCGGCGGUGGUGAGCCGCCCUGUGUCCCCCGACACAGGCGAGAGUCUGUUCCAGCUCUACAUCAGCCUCAAGGAGCUCUGCGAGCUGGGUCCCGUCCCCUCGGAGAGGGCCGGAGUCCUGGCCCUGGACGGCUUCCACCGCUGGUUCCAGCCGGCUAUUCCCUCCUGGCUGCAGAAGACUUACAGCGUAGCCCUGGCGCGGGUGCAGCGGGCUGUGCAGAUGGACGAGUUAGUGCCCCUGGGUGAACUGACCAAGCACAGCACGUCAGCUGUGGAUCUGUCCACCUGCUUCGCCCAGAUCAGCCACACCGCCCGGCAGCUGAACUGGCCUGACCCCGAGGAAGCCUUCAUGAUCACUGUCAAGUUCGUGGAGGACACCUGUCGGCUGGCCCUGGUAUACUGCAGCCUUAUAAAGGCCAGGGCCCGCGAUCUCUCUGCAGGCCAGAAGGACCAGGGCCAGGCAGCCAAUAUGUUGUGCGUGGUGGUGAAUGACAUGGAGCAGCUGCGGCUGGUGAUCGGCAAGCUGCCCACCCAGCUGGCAUGGGAAGCGCUGGAGCAGCGGGUAGGGGUUGUGCUGGAGCCAGGGCAGCUGCAGAACACGCUGCAUGCCCAGCUGCAGGGCGCAUUGGCUGGGCUGGGCCAUGAGAUCCGCACCGGCGUCCACACUCUGGCCGAGCAGCUGGAAGCAGGCAUUGCCAAGCACAUCCAGAAACUUGUGGGCAUCAAGGAGUCUGUUCUGCCUGAGGAUGCCAUUCUGCCCCUGAUGAAGUUCCUGGAGGUGAAGCUCUGCUAUAUGAACACCAACUUGGUGCAGGAAAAUUUCAACAGCCUUCUGACCCUGCUCUGGACCCACACACUCACGGUGCUGGUGGAGGUGGCCGCCUCCCAGCGGAGCUGCCCCCUGGCCUCUAACAGGCUGAAGAUGGCACUGCAGAACCUGGAGAUAUGCUUCUAUGCAGAGGGCUGUGGCCUGCCACCCGAGGCCCUGCACACGGCCACCUUCCAGGCCCUGCAGAGGGACCUGGAGCUGCAGGCAGCCUCCAGCCGCGAGCUGAUCCAGAAGUACUUUUGCACCCGCAUCGUGCAGCAGGCAGAAACCGCCGCUGAGGGGCUCGGCGCCGUUACAGUCAAGGCCGCCUACCGUGCCUCUGAGCAGAAGCUGCGGGUAGAGCUGCUCAGCGCCUCCAACCUCCUUCCCCUGGACUCGAAUGGCUCCAGCGAUCCCUUUGUCCAGCUGACGUUGGAGCCCAGGCACGAGUUCCCUGAGCUGGCCCCCCGGGAGACCCAAAAACACAAGAAGGACCUUCACCCGCUGUUUGAUGAGACCUUUGAAUUCCUGGUGCCUGCUGAGCCGUGCCAGAAGGAUGGGGCAUGCCUCCUGCUUACGGUGCUGGACCACGACACGCUGGGGGCUGAUGACCUGGAAGGGGAAGCCUUCCUGCCCCUGCUCUCAGUACCAGGCCUGACUGGGACCGAGGAACCUGGCGAGGUGCCUCAAACCCGCCUGCCCCUCACUUAUCCGGCACCAAACGAUUAUAAAGUCCUUGAUGGCAAGCAAGAACCCAGUACAAUGACAAAGUUUGCUGAAUGAAUACAAGAAAUAAAAAAAAAUCACAGAAAAGGCAAAGUCCACAAAACAAUACCAACAGUUUCAUGAUGCCACCAGCAGGCAAAGCAUUGAGACUGGAAGCCUAAUCCCAUCUCCAUGUGAAAAGCACUAGAAAGCAGGAGACGCUGAACCCAGCAGAGAGGGCAGACUGUUGCACUGAAAAGCCCCUCAUGAGACGGGGCCAAAUGACUGAAUCUUAGGCGGGCAGAGAACCCACUUUCAACCAAUUAUAAUCAGAUGAGAGAAACUUCUAACAUUUUGCUUAAGUCAUUAAUUGAACUGUACAUUCCACUACCCAGGAACCAAAGUGUUUGGUUAGAAUUCCCCAUUCCCCAUCUUCCCCUCCAACCUUGUAUAACCAGAAUGCACUGCCCAGAAGGCAAGGAGAAAACCGCUUGGAAAUCACUCUUCUCUAUUUUCAUAGAUUGAAAUGAAACACAAAUUUUCAAUGGAAAUGCACAACUGCUUCUGUAAAGCUCCACUCCAUCUUGCCAUUUAAAGGCUUGAAAUCACACAAUCUAAAAAACUAAAGCUGAGACUCACUCUUCAAUUCAACCAGCUCAGCUCUCAAGAAACCCAAAAAGUCCUGGUGUCUAACCAAGGAGUGAAGAGCCACCAACCACUUCUCUCCUCCACGAUCUGGGGAAGGCAUGGGGCCAAAGGACUGAAUUCUUCACACUCCCAUCUCCCAGGAAUACCUGCACUUAAGGAUAAAAGCCAAUGAAAACAGACUAGCUUCGAAUAGCAACCUACUAUGGCCAAGAUGGGUCAGAAACUAUGCAGACCCUGAGUAAAUAAGAGCCCUGUCAGAGAGAGCCACACCUUUGGGCAGCAGAAGGCCUGGACAAAGCUUAGAGGGACACUGGCUGGUCAGGGCUUCACCUGGACCACUGAGCAGCACCUUCAUGUCUGUCCUGCUGGGGGCUGACUCUCAAUCAAAGCCAUCUUUCACUCCUUUUUAGGACAUCACAUUAAUUAUCCUGUUAAUGGUUUACUUACAAAUGUUAAAAGAUUAUUAUGAAAGUUAACACGCCCAUUUACAAAAAAUUUGGAAAAGGGAGAAAAGGACAAAAUGACCCUUGAUCUCACAGCUAAUAAUGUUAGCCUUUUGGUACAGUUUCCCAGUAUUUUUACAGGUAGAAUCAUAAUAGAUCAUGUUGCUAAACUGCUUUUAAAAACUUUUCUAUAAAAACAUUUAAAAUCAAAUACAAAGCACGUUGUUUUAAAAAAUUAAAUAAUACUUCAAUUUAUUGGAUUUUUCCAAAUAAUGUUGGACAUUUAUUGAAUGUUUCUCCAAACUCUAAAAACAGCAAAAACCAGGCUUCUUGAAAUCUAAAUUCAAUCACUUACCCACUAAACCAACAGUGAUAACACGUAAGGAAUUCACAAUAAAUUCAGUAAAUUAUUUCACUCUUAAGGAGAUACUAAAUCAAGUGCUAAACUGCCACCAGCUCAAUUUCCAGAUAAAACUUUAAGUUUUAUUCCAAGUGGUCUCACAUAAUUGAUUUAUCAGUUUCUAAGUGUUUUACUCUCUUCUGGGGAGGAGAAUGAGAAUUUGAACUGAAUAAACUAAAAAGUAUUAGUGAUGACUGUCAGAAAAACUGUCAGUUCAGAGGCCAUGGAGUGAAAGGAGCUGGUAUUUUAAUCCACACCUAGUUCACCACUGCUUCAAGAAUAGUUUUAACACAGUCUCACUGUGACGCUAGGCCUGCUGCUAAUGACCAACCCCUCCCCCCAUAAACUCUAGAGCAGGGUCAGCAAACCUUUUCUGUAAAGGACCAAAUAAUAUUUCAAACCUUUAAGUCCAAGAGGCCAAACUGAGGAUACUGUGUAGUACUUACAAUAAUGAGAGAAAACAAAUUUCCACAUAUUUUUAUUGAUGAAAUUAAAAUUGUAACAAUAAUUGGCUACAAUCUUUGGUAGUACAGGUAUGCUCUUAAGAAUGGAUAUGGCCGCGGUGGGGACAGAGAUAACAUUUACAAGGUUAGGGGUCCCUUUCAUCAAAAUUGAUUACAAAUGUUCAUCUGUUAAUGCUGAUUCCAUAAUAAUACGACUCUACAUAUUUCAUCUCUGAAAGUUGUCUUUUCACGGAGAUACUUCCAAGCGUAGUUACCAUUCC